AUUAAAUGAAUAGCAGCUAAAAAAUUAGAAAAGGAUCUCGUAACAUGAAGUAUGUAUACAUUUUACUUUAAGGUAUAAGAAGAUUUCACAAGAGUAAAGAACUUAAAUAAUUAAUGAGUUAACAAAGAAUGGAAAAACUCUUAAAGAAGUAUAUAAAUAAACAAUUCAAAUUAGGUAUCUGAAGAAACUUAGUUAAAACCUUCUACUGUUAAAGCCAUAUUAUAAGUGUAUUUAAAAGAAGGAAGGAUUGGUAAGAAAUCUACUAGAGAUAGAAAGGUCAAAUUGUUAAAUACUACGGUAAUUGCUUUAAUUGACAAGACUAAGUAUAAUAUUUUGAUACAUAUUUUCAAAGAAACUCUGAUUAGGCUAUUGAGAAUUUAUAAUUUAUUCAUCCUAUGAUCAAAAUAAACCAAUAAUCCUCUGAAAUAUCACAUAAUGGUUAGACUUUAGCUGAAACAUAAUAGAAGCUAGAUUAAUACUCAAAAUCAUUAAUGAUGUCAUAGGUUAAAGACUUUUUGAGAGAAAAGAAACUAGAAAUAUUAGAACAGUUAAUCAAUCCAUUAGCAAAACAGAAUUUUCUAAAUUAACUUGCCCAAUUUGAAAUUGCUGACUAAUUGCCCUUUUAAGAAUUAAAAAAAGAGCAAUUAUAAGUGGAAGAUGAAUAAUUUGUAGAAAAAAUCACUUAACAUCUGAAAUCUAAAGUAAAACUAUGA